AUGAAAAUCCUGCAUUUUCUCACUUUACUGCUUUGGCAUUUGACUUGGCUGUCUCUGGAUCUAGUUCCUGGAGCGCUGAGUAAUUCUGAAGCAGGCCAGAGUAAUCCAGGAUCUAAACUAGGUUUUUUAAAAGCAGAAGGAAAAGAGAGGAGUCCCUCAGCACGGGCAGGUACACUGAGGACUGCAAGCCAUGGAUAUAGUACUGGGACCUCAAAGGCUAGGACUAAAAGCAGUGCUGUUCAGGCUGGAGCUCUGCUGGCCAAGAACGAUGAAUCAAAGAAGGUUCUCUCAAGAACAGCAGCCACGGAGGGCAAGGUAGGACAUCUCCCCAGCAGACCUUCUGGAGUAAGGACAGUGACUCCAAAGGUUCAAAAUCUUAGCAGCAAGGUGGCUUUGAAAAAAACUGGCACAAGCAGUACUGACACUGAUUCUUCCAAAACCAAAAAGACUAAAGAGCCUGUAACCCAGCGGGAAACUAAGGAAACUUUCAGACAUCCCCCUAUAACGCCACAUGAAUACAUGCUCUCUUUGUACAGGACUCUCUCAGAUGCAGAAAGAAAAGGUGUUAAUGGAAGUGUAAAACUGGAGGCUGGACUUGCCAAUACAAUAACCAGCUUUAUAGACAAAGGACAAGACGAGCGAGCGCCAACUAUAAGAAAACAAAAAUAUAUUUUUGACAUCAGUGCAUUAGAAAAAGAUGGUUUGCUGGGAGCAGAGCUUCGAAUAUUGAGGAAAAAGCCUUCUGAUACGUGGAAGUCUCAUUCUUCUGGAAAAACUUCCCAAGUGAAAUUGUUUAGUUGCUCUACAAACAGACAAGCAGCAACACUCCUGGACUCUCGUACUGUCAGUAUCACAGAUACACCAAAGUGGGAGGUGUUUGACAUCUGGAAGCUUUUCAGGAACUUUAAAAACUUGGUUAACUUGUGUUUUGAACUGGAAACUUUUGACAGGGGGAGAGCUGUUGAUCUCCGGAGUGUGGGAUUUAAUAGAACAGGAAGACAGGUCAAUGAAAAGGCUCUCUUCUUGGUAUUUGGGAGGACGAAAAAAAGAGACUUAUUCUUCAAUGAAAUCAAAGCUAGAUCCGGCCAAGAUGACAAAACUGUUUAUGAGUACUUAUUCAAUCAGAGGCGGAAGAGAAGAGCUCCGCUAGCAACACGGCAAGGGAAGAGGCCCACUAAGAAUCUGAAGGCAAGGUGUAGCAGAAAAGCCCUCCACGUGAAUUUUAAGGAUAUGGGCUGGGAUGACUGGAUAAUAGCCCCUCUAGAGUAUGAAGCGUAUCACUGCGAAGGGCUUUGUGAAUUCCCCCUUCGAUCCCACCUGGAGCCCACCAAUCACGCAGUUAUCCAAACAUUAAUGAACUCAAUGGACCCAGAAUCGACACCCCCGACUUGCUGUGUCCCAACCAGGCUGAGUCCUAUUAGCAUUCUUUUCAUUGACUCUGCAAACAACGUGGUCUACAAGCAGUAUGAGGACAUGGUGGUGGAGUCGUGUGGUUGUAGGUAGCAGAACAGUUGCUCACGUGAAUAUGUUAUGAAAGGUAAUACAACACAUUGAACAUAACCUUUCCUCCAACAAGGUUAACUAGA